GCUUUCAAAAUGGGCAAGUUCAUGAAACCCAGGAAAGUGGUGCUGGUCCUGGCUGGAUGCUACUCCAGAUGCAAAGCUGUCAUCAUGAAGAACAUUGAUGAUGGCACCUCAGACCUCCCUUACAGCCAUGCCCUGGUGGCUGGAAUUGACCGCUAUCCCCGAAAAGUGACAGCUGCUAUGGGCAAGAAGAAAAUCGCCAAGAGGUCAAAGAUCAAGUCCUUUGUGAAAGCUUAUAACUACAAUCACCUCAUGUCCACAAGGUACUCUGUGGACAUCCCCUUAGACAAAACAUUUGUCAACAAGGAUGUCUUUAGAGACCCAGCUCUGAAACUCAAGGUCAAGUUUGAAGAAAGAUAUAAGACAGGGAAGAACAAAUAGUUUUUCCAGAAGCUUCACUUUUAGGUAUAUUUUUCUUCCCAUCAUUAAAAAA